CACGCAUAAAAAUCAUUAAACAGGAACACCCUCUUCCUCUAAAGAAAAGUAAAGUCUUAGCCUAGACUGAUCAGCUUCUUCUGAUCUGAGCACUUUAAUUUCUUUGAGUGACAGAAAUGUCUCAUAGGAAAAUUUCACCUCCACAGUAUGAGCAAACAGGAACACCCUCUUCCUCUACUCAUCCUGGUGCAGGAACACCCUCUUCCUCUAAUCAUCCUGGUGCAGCUGAAGAUGUAGAUGCAGCUGGGGGAUCAAGCAGCACCAUUGCAAAUUACUUUGACCGUGUUAGAUCGGCUGGUCUCUUAGACACAAUGAAAUUUGAGGCAAAGAAAAUCAGAAAAGGCGGGAGGAGGAACAUUUUCAAGCAGAAAUUUGACGUUAGAGCAGGAGAAAAGCUGCUGAAGGCAUCACACUGCUUUUUCUCAAUUGAAACUGGUGCUGUUGCAGGACUUCUCUUUAUUUCUACUGAAAAGAUAGCAUUCUGCAGUCAGAGAUCAAUUGCCUUCAAUUUUCCUAUUUUGCAGCAAAAUCAAACAGUUGAACAGUUUGAGAUACCACUAAGGGACAUUAGAUGGAGCAACUAUGGUCAUCCACAACAGAAGAUCCUACAAAUACGAACAGAAGAUAGUUCUGAAUUCCUGUUCAUGGACUUCUUGCGUUACGAAAAAGCUCGUCAAAAGUUUGAGAAAGCAAUGCGCAAACUCUACCAAGCUAGGUAAUUUCAAAGCAAAAGAUUAAGAAGUUGAUCUCAAGAUCAGACAAGUGCAAUGGUGAUCAAGUUCUGAGGCGAAAGAAAAAGGCUCAUCUUCUAGACAACAUUGUCGUCUUAAUUUUAACAGCUAGUGUGCAGUACACAUUUUACGUACAAAGUUGUAGUUUAGAGCACAUCAAGAGGAAAUGCUUAAAGGGUUUCCUACCUUUUCCGUUUCCAUGGAUGAUUGAAAGGUAUACUUCAUUUCGGAAGGGAAAAAGAAAAACAGGAAAUAGUAGAUAUUAAUAUUGAGAUAGGAGAAGGAUUCGAAGAUCAAGUAGGAUUUUUUCUUAAUCUGCAUCAUAUGUUAUUGAAUGAUUGAUUUAGGGGUGGAUGUUAAGAAAGAGUACCUUGUAAUUAUUAGGCCUCCAUUCCUUGCACAUAUUGCUUAAGUAUAUUUUCCUCCGGGAACCAACUUUAGCAAAAGAACUUUAAAGAUCGUAGAUGAGGUAGUGUGGGAGUGUUGUAAAUUUUCCAAUUAAGAAAAGGUCAUAUUAAUUAAUUAUUAAACACGAUACUUUGAAUUAUCUUGUAAUUAUUAUUACUUUCUUA